GAAAGCUGUAUCGCUUUGGCUGUUCUAGUAAAGGUUUUCUGGAAAACGGCGUUGUCAGAAAGAGCAACUGGUCAUGGUGGAACUAUCAGGAAUUAUUGAUUCAGACUUCUUAGAAAAAUGUGAAAACAAAUGCAAGAUUUUGGGAAUAGAGACAGAGAGGCCCAUUUUACAAGUGGACAGAUAUGUAUUUGCAGGAGAAUAUGAAGAUACCUUGGGAACCUGUGUGGUUUUUGAAGAAAACAUAGAGCAUGUAGAUGCAGAAGGCAACCAAAAAGUACAGCUGAAGUACAAGUGCCACACAAUGAAGAAGUUGAACAUGACACGGACGCUUUUGACAGAAAAGAAGGAAGGAGAAGAGAAUGUGGAGUGGAGUGGUUACAGAUCAAAGACAGAGAUUUUUCCUACAGCAGGCCCAAUACGAUUUGCAGCUUUCUGCGUGAAAAAGAAGAUUCUGAGGAGUCAGCUCAGGCCCAAGACAAACUGACUGAAGAGUCAGAGGGAGAGAAAGCCUAAAACUAAGAGAGCAAAAAGAUUUCUUGAGAAGAGAGAACCCAAACUUAAAGAAAAUACGAAAAAUGCUAUGCUCAUAAAAGGAGGAAAUGCAAACUCGACAGUGACUGAAGUGCUUAAAGACAUUUAUGCUGUGAAGAAGCCUUUUGCUGUACUGUAUAAAAAGAAAAAUAUUACUAGGCCUUUUGAGGAUCAAACAUCAUUGGAAUUUUUUUCCAAGAAAUCAGAUUGUUCUUUGUUUCUGUUUGGCUCUCAUAACAAGAAGCGACCUAACAACCUGAUACUAGGUCGCAUGUUUGACUAUCAUGUCCUAGACAUGAUUGAGCUAGGCAUUGAGAAGUUUGUAUCCCUAAAAGAUGUCAAGAACAGUAAAUGUCCUGAAGGAACAAAACCUAUGUUGAUAUUUGCUGGUGACAUGUUUGAUGUAAGUGAAGAAUACAGAAGACUGAAGAGCCUUCUUAUUGAUUUCUUCAGAGGUCCCAGUGUGCCCAGUAUUCGUCUGGCUGGUUUAGAGUAUGUUUUGCAUUUCACAGCUGUAGAUGGGAAAAUUUACAUGCGAAGCUAUAAGGUGCUUCUGAAGAAAUCUGGCUGUAAAAUACCAAGAAUUGAGCUGGAAGAGAUGGGACCUUCAUUAGACCUGGUUAUGAGGAGGACACAUUUAGCUUCAGACGACCUUUAUAACCUGUCUUUAAAACAACCAAAAGCCCUGAAGCCGAAGAAGAAAAAGAAUAUCUCCCAUGAUGUGUUCGGUACAACUUACGGUCGAAUCCACAUGCAGAAGCAAGAUCUUGGUAAACUGCAGACGCGAAAAAUGAAAGGGUUAAAAAAGAGGCCAGCAGAGAAGUCAGCUGAAGAUGGUGGGGCCAGUCCCAAAAAGUCAAAAUCAGCUGAUAGUCUGGAACAGCUAUGAAAACUCUUUGUGCCUUCAAAUUCAGUACAUAUAUUGUAAUAUAAAUGUGUCAGACAUAAAGAUUCAGCAGCUGUUAGUUUUAGUUUUAUAAAAAAAAUCUUUUUAAUGAUUUGUCAUUUUAAAGGGGACAUGGCGGUAUUGAGCUUUAACAUGGAACUUGGUUAUUUAAAAUAAAAAAUGUGAUAUAACUUGCUUGCUUUUCCGAAGCUGAGUAUUUAUUCCCUUGGUGUUAGCAGACAUAUGCUAGCCAAGCAGGUGACUCAUUUCCCCAGCAGUUUUGUGGCUAUUACGUUGAGAACCCUUGAUCAACCAGCUCAUCUUAUAAAUCCUGCACUGGACCAGAGCAGUGUAUAUGCGUAGCAUAGGCGACACAACUUCUCUGUUCAU